ACAAACGUGUAUAGCUUAUGUUGUAAUCUGUGGUAUUUAGUGAGUCAUUGUUCUCUCUGCAAAACGAAAUUUCUCAUCACACACAACAUAGAAAUUAGGAAGUGGUGUACAAAUUUUCUCAAAACGGAGAAAAAUAAGAAAAAACAAACAUGGCUGUUAGACGUGCAUCCCAUUCGGGUAGCUGGUAUUCGGAUUCAGCCAAGGAGCUUGGAAAACAAUUGGAAACUUGGCUCAGCACUGCUGAUCUAUCCCAUGGUCCUGCAAGGGCCAUCAUUGCUCCACAUGCUGGCUACCAGUACUGUGGUGCCUGUAGUGGCUUUGCCUAUCGUCAAGUUAGCCCUGUUGUAGUGAGACGAGUGUUCAUCUUGGGCCCAUCUCAUCAUGUUCGUCUUGCUGGAUGUGCCCUUUCUACUGCAACCAAGUACUGUACUCCACUUUAUGAUCUGCGAAUAGACACCCAGGUGUAUGCUGAUCUGGAGGCUACUGGGCAGUUCGAGUGGAUGAAUAUGUCCAUGGACGAAGAUGAGCACAGUAUAGAAAUGCAUCUUCCAUACAUUGCCAAAAUUAUGGAAGACUACAAGGACUCGUUCACCGUUGUGCCGGUGUUGGUGGGGUCAUUGACCCCCGAGAAGGAGGCCAUGUAUGGUCGUAUCUUCUCGCGUUAUUUGGCCGACCCCCAGAACCUCUUUGUUAUCUCGUCUGACUUCUGUCACUGGGGUCACCGCUUCCGUUACACUUAUUACGACCGUAACUGGGGUGAGAUCUACCAGUCAAUACAGACGCUUGAUCGCACGGGUAUGGAUAUCAUCGAAACUUUGAACCCUGCAGCCUUUACCGAAUAUUUGAAAAAAUUUGGAAAUACUAUAUGUGGGAGGCAUCCCAUUGGUGUUCUGCUACAGGUAAACGAAUAUAGCAGGCAGUACACAGCUUACAGAAAUCUGGCAGCAAUGGGCAUAAGAUGAGCCUCAAAUUCCUGAAGUAUGCGCAGUCGAGCCAGUGCUGCAGCAUGAGCGAUUCUUCCGUUAGCUAUGCGGCUGCUGCGCUAACAUUUGAAUAACGAGCGGCCUUUCCUAGCUCCCAUCAUCAGGGAAUUUCACUCACGAACUGGAAUAACCCAAACAAUAAUGAAGGAGAAAAGAUUAGUAAUGACUAUGGUCUGAUGCAUUUGGAUGCAUCCUGCCACGUGUCUACUUUCCUGAAUGAUCUCAGUAUGGGGACAACUGGCAAUUUAGAACUUAGAUUAUUGAAAGCUAUUGCAACAAACAAGUAUAAAGAUAAUACUAUUGUUACAAACAGUGUCACCCGCUCAGCUGGAAAACUUACUGUUCACUUUGUUUUAUUCACAGUAUUUGAUAUGAAUGUAUGUAAUUUGUUGGUUAUGCAAUUCCUCACUAACUUGCCUAGGUGAUUGCUGCCUCAUACUGUUAAGUAACAAAGACACUGAUUGGUAAGGCGACUCUCUUGCCUCUGUCUGACAUUGACCCCUCUAAAGCAUUUCCAUACAUACUUUCCCUUUUCCCCAUUUCUUUUGUGUCAUGAUAAAAUCAGAUGAUGGUAACAGAUGAAGAUGUAAUGUUUGGUGACACAAGAAUGGUGCACUCGGUGAUUAUUAUGUGUGUAAAAUUAUAACAAAAUGAAAUAAUGCAUUUUUUAUAAUGUAGUGGAACCAAAAAAGAAGUUAUACUUGACUGAAAUUGUGUAUGUCAACGAACAAAAAAUGUGGAAAAACGUUAAAAAAAUAAUUUGUAGUGCAUUUACAAUUGAGGUUUGCAAUAAACCAGUUGAGCAUGGCUCACACUUCUGGGUA